ACCCUGGCCUCACAAAGUGCCAGGAUCACAGGCAUGAGCCACCACACGCGGCCAAGAGCAAAAUUUUUAAAGCAGGACACUAUGGCCUCACGGACAAGAGAGUCUAGGGUCCCUCCUCCCUCCCAGGGGCCUGGCUCCAUCUCAGAAAAACCAGGCGCCUCUUGCUCCACACCCGCACCCUCGGCCUCAGCCCUGGCACUUGUGUUGAGCAGACACUGAGGAGAUGGGGACAUUUUACCCCCUCCGCAGCCGCCCCAGAGGGUCUCAAACCCAGGGCUGAUUUAGGGCUGCCCUGACAUGGCCAUCCCUAUUCUAUGUCCACGUGUCAUUCACGGCUAAAGCAGGCCAGGGCCCCAAGGCAACCAAGCUCCUCUCUCUUCUGCCCACUCCCACGUGCCCUCCUCUGCCCCAGUGUUCCUAUCAUUACAUCCUGGGCAUGGAAACCCGGGCCAUUCUUGAACCAGGGCUGUGGGCUGAAUGACGGCAAGAAGAACGGGGUCAUGGGAAAGGACAGCCCAGAAAAGAGAAAUCACAACCUGUGGUCUCCCACUGCUUUGGUAGGAACCUUGUAAACACAGCAGCAGCCCCCCAGGAAAGUCUUGGAAGGAAGGAGAAGCUGAUCAGAUUCAGAGACUGAGGCAUCUGGGCCUCCAACCAAAGGCUCCCCUGGCCCUAAAAAGUCAGACUCCCGUCUCCUUAGCCCUUUCCCUCAUAGACCAGCAGGUGGCACCACCGACAGAGAUUUCAAAACCAAAACUAAAUUAAAGUGGAAACUCAGAUCUUUUGUUUAUGCAAAUAGUUCAUUCCCUCCAACAUUCCUCCGGGAAUGGUCCCCCCUCCACUCCACAGAAAACCCUCCCCUCCCUGCUGUGCGUGACGCGGCCUCCCUCUGCACACAGUGCACGAAGACGCUGUCAGGAGAGCCCAGGAUUUAACACGGGCCUUGAGAAAUGCUUCAGAUGUGCCCUGUAGAUAAUCACAAGAAACGCUACACUUGGGGCAUGGCUGCCCUCAGCAUUCCUUCUGGGCAGCAGAUGCAGUGUGUCAGUUUGCCAACAUCCUGCAUUUAUGAGAAGAGUUUGCUGUUUACUCAUGUAGCCUCCAGUGGUACACUGAGUUGAUCACCACCCUCACUCUUUUGGCCUCCAACAUAACAUGAAAACGGAACAUCUUCCCCACCCAGAGGAAUUGAUCUCUGCUGAUAAGAAAAACCUGGGGAGGUUCUGUGGGCAACUGGGUUCUCCACUGGGCAACCCCCCAGGAAAAAAGGAAUUUUUGUCUCAAGGGAACAAGAUGCUGCUGACCUUCCACACAGACUUCUCCAACGAGGAGAAUGGGACCAUCAUGUUCUACAAGGGCUUCCUGGCCUACUACCAAGCUGUGGAGAGCUUUUCCUAACGAGGCCUGUCAACUUGAGAUCUGUCCCCGUGGAGCAGUCCCUAGAGAGCAUUGGAGAGACCUGGCCUGGAGGUCCAGGUGGCCUAAAGUGCCUUUGUCUUUAGGCCUCUGGUGAGUGACCUCCCUAAGAUCAGAGCCACUACUCUGGUCUCCCAGCAGGAGCUUAACCCUCCUUCCUGAAUGCCUUCCAGACCUUGAUGAAUGUGCUUCCCAGAGCAAAUAAGGGGAGAGGGACCCCCAGCCCCAGUGUCAGCACCUGUGUAACAACUAUGU